ACUGGACGCUCUCCUUUUGCGUCAUUUCCGGAGCACCUCCCUCGGCCGAAGCUUUCGUUAGGGGUCUUCACUUAGUGUGGGCGGCCAGAGACUACUGUGAUCCGAUUGUUUGUUCCUGCCAUCCUCCUGGCCCGAUACCAUGGGAGUGACUUGUGUAUCCCAGAUGCCUGUGGCCGAGGGCAAGAGUGUCCAGCAGACGGUGGAGCUCCUUACUCGGAAAUUGGAGAUGCUUGGGGCAGAGAAGCAAGGAACAUUUUGUGUGGAUUGUGAAACCUACCAUACAGCUGCCUCCACUCUUGGCAGCCAAGGUCAGGCCGGGAAACUGAUGUACGUGAUGCACAACUCAGAGUACCCUUUGAGCUGCUUCGCCCUUUUUGAGAAUGGCCCUUGCCUUAUUGCCGACACCAACUUCGAUGUGCUCAUGGUGAAGCUCAAGGGCUUUUUCCAGAGUGCCAAGGCCAGCAAGAUUGAGACCCGGGGUACCCGUUACCAGUACUGUGAUUUCCUAGUGAAGGUGGGCACAGUCACCAUGGGGCCCAGUGCCCGAGGCAUCUCUGUAGAGGUGGAGUAUGGCCCCUGUGUGGUAGCUAGCGACUGCUGGAGCCUACUGCUCGAGUUCUUGCAGAGUUUUUUAGGCAGCCACACGCCAGGAGCCCCAGCAGUGUUUGGGAACAGACAUGAUGCUGUCUACGGCCCAGCAGAUACCAUGGUCCAAUACAUGGAACUCUUCAAUAAGAUCCGCAAGCAGCAGCAGGUGCCGGUGGCUGGGAUUCGUUAGUGACUGGCAGCUGCCCAGACCAGCUCUGUCACCAGGGGGACUGCAUAGAAGGAGCAGGUGCUGCACCCUGAGGUCCCUGGACUCCAGAAACCCAGGGCAGACAUGGAGGCUUCUCUCCCUCUUCCCAGCUGUGACUUUUGUUCUGGGGCUCUGGACUCCCUUCCCCUGACCCUCACACACAGCCCCCCCGGCAGCUGCUUCACCCUACGUCUGCCUUACUGGACUUGGCCUGUUCUCAAGAAUGGUAAUUAUGAAGAGUGGAGAAGUGUGGAGCUUUCCUGCUUUAGGGGAAAAGGUAGGACAGGGCUGUCCCUGCCUAGUGUUGGUGGGGAAAGCAGUCUUUGUCUCCCAAAUAUCAAGGAUUUGGCCUAGGUCCGCAGUGGACGGGUUGGGCUGGGCUGGGCUAUAAUAAAGGCCUUUUCCUCUA